AUGGGGAUCGUAGACCUUAAACCUCGACGAACCAGAUCGGGGGCCUUCUUAUUAGAGGUUCCAGGAGGUGCGUCCGGAGCGGAGAAGGCAAAUGCACUCGCGGAAAAGCUCACAGAGCUUACGGCGGACAACCCGGACGUGCGCAUCUCACGUCUGGAAAGGAUGGGCGAGCUGAGAGUCCGGGAUCUGGAGGCCUCCAUCACGAAGGACGAGCUACACGUCCAGCUUUCCGAAAUUGGAGACUGCAGGCCCUCCGAAAUCAAGGCUGGAAGGAUAGUCUCCAUGCCAAACGGACUCGGAUCGGUUUGGGUGAAAUGCCCACUCAAAGCGGCAAUAAAAAUUACCAAGACACCGAGAAUUACAAUUGGCUGGACCGGUGUGAGAGUGGAACUGCUGGCCGAUAGGGGCCUGCAGUGUCAUAAGUGCUGGGAGAAGGUCCAUGUCGCCGCUAAAUGCAGGAGUGACUGCGACAGAAGAGGUCUGUGUUACAGAUGCGGCGAGGAUGGUCACACCACAAACAACUGCGGCAACGAUGCGCGAUGCAAGAUCUGCGCGGACAAGGACGCUCCUGCGAACCACCGAUUUGGCGGCAGGUCGUAUCACCCCCCUUCGACGCCGGCGAGAAGAAGGAUUGGGAAUCAGGCUGAGACCGCCAUAUCAGUUAGACGAUCCCAAGGGAAGGUGACGGCAGUCAAAAGCACCCGUAUAGAGGUGGACACGGCGCCGAUCGCGAAUAAACAGAGUACAACCAUGUCACAAGACAUGGAGAUAGGCACCGAGGAGACUUCACCCUCUCCAUUCGGUACGAGCGAGCCGCCGGGCUCGACCCCAGCGACCGCCGUCAAAGUAUCAGAGGUUGAUAAUACAGGCCCCCCAGAGGAUCCGUGA